CAGGACUCCUUUCUAAGUCCCUCCGUUUCUCUCCUUUUCUCCUUCACUGCUCUCCUUCACACAGGAUUCCUUCACUCCACUCCUUCACACAUCCUUCGUCCCCUCACACUGGAUUCCUUCACUCCUUCACUCCUUCACUCCUUCCUUUCCCCUCACACAAGCCAAAGGACUCACAAGGAUCCUCCCCCGCUGAGGACUCCACCACUGCCAAAGGGACUCCGUUGUUGUAGUCCCCUUUGAAGGAUUCCAAGGAUAUUUUAAGGACUCCUUCAUCACUGUAUUCUAAAGGAGUUAAUGAACACUCCUACUGUCUAAAGAACUAUAGGACUCUACCUGUUAAUACUCUGAAGGACUUCCCUAGUAUUCCCUCCUGAAGGAACCUAAGGAUAUAUGAAGGACUCCUGGGAAUUCCCGCCCGAGUGACUUCCUGAAUACUCUUACUAUCUAAAGAGUUUCUGUCGGAUACUACCUGUUGAUACGCUGUGAAGGACUCCUGUGUCUUCCCUUCUGAAGGAUUCCUAGGAUACUACCUGAAAAGGACUUCUGCCUAACCUCAUCUUGAAGAACUUGGUGAAUACUCCUGCUGUUUGAAGAGCUAUAGGACUCUGCCUGAUGAUACUCUGUGAAGGGCUCCUGGGUUUUCUCUCCUGAAGGACUGCUAGGAUACUUUCUGUAAAGGACUUCUGUCUACCUCCAUCCUGAAGGACUUGGUGAAUAGUCCUGCUGUCUGGAGGGCUAUAGGAUUCUUCCUGUUGAUACUCUGUGAAGGAUUCCUGGGUCUUCCCUCCUGAAGGACUCCCUUGGUCUUCCCUCCUGAAGGACUCCACGAGCCACGCGCUGAAGGACUUCCCUCCACGAGAAACUAUCAUCGAAGGACGAAUCCCUCCAUAUACGUAACCCCGUGAAAGGACUCCAUCCUCCCUAGGACUCCCUCCAUCCAUAGGACAUCCUUCGAAGGACUCCUGUUCCCUCCAUUCCUACGACUCCCCUCGAAGGACUCCUCUGUUGUGAAGAUUCCCUCCAUAGGACUCCCUCCGUGCAUCCGUUCCCUACCGAAGGACUUCCCCUCCCCGUAGGACCCCUAAGGACUCCCCCAGUAGGACCCCGCCGCUCGCAGGAUACCCUCGGGAUGUUGCUCUGUAUGGUCUUCCCCUCCAGACUCCCGAGUUUCGUCCACAUCUGUUUCCUGCAGGAGGGCAUGCUGGAGGGCGUGUCCCGGCGUCCCUUCGGGUGUUCGUCUGGCAGCUACAAUGUCCGCGCCUCGGAGCUGGCCAGGCACCGCGCCCUCAGGACCCUCCGUGUGCAGGUCAUCCUCCUCGACGACUCCACGCAAGUCUUCGAGAUUGAGAAACAAGCGAAGGGGCAGGCACUGUUGGAUUUAGUGUUCAACCAUCUGGAAUUGAUAGAGAGAGACUUCUUCGGCCUUCAGUACAUCGAGGCGUGCUCCAGCAGUGACAACCCGAGGCAGAGAUGGCUGGACCCUCGGAAGACUGUCAAGAAACAACUCAGGAUAAGAACGAAGACUCUCGGAACAUGUGGGCUGCCGGUGCUGUACUUCCGGGUCAAGUUCUGGGUGAGCGACCCUGGCAAGCUGGCAGAGGAGUACACACGCUACCAUGUGUUCCUGCAGCUGCGGCGGGAUGUCAUGGAGGGGCGACUGCUGGCUCAGCCCUCCACCGCUGCUCUCCUGGCCUCCUACGCCCUCCAGUCUGAGCUUGGUGACUACAGCACAGAGGAACACGGCAAGACUUACCUGGCUGGCAUGCGUCUCGUGCCCGGCCAGAACGACGAGCUGGAGAAGAAGAUUAUAGAGCUGCACAAGCUGCAUAAAGGACAGACUCCCGCAGAUGCCGAGUUCAACUUUCUGGAUCAUGCCAAGCGGUUGGACAUGUAUGGCGUUGAUCUGCACAAGGCUAAGGACUCCACCAACCGCGAGAUACACUUGGGUGUAACUUCGAUUGGUCUGGUCGUGCUCCAGAAUGGGAUCAAGAUGAACACCUUCAGCUGGGCCAAGAUUGUCAAGAUCUCAUUCAAGAGGAAGCAGUUCUUCAUUCAGCUUCGGAGAGAAGUGACAGACCAGACCGAGAGUAAGCCCGACCCAAGCUCUUUCCUACAAAUUGUGAAGAGAAAGCUCUAUAAGAAGUCUGAGAACUAUGACAGCGUGCUCGGCUUCAACCUGGGCUCCUAUCGCGCCUGCAAGUGUCUGUGGAAGUCCUGCGUUGAGCACCACACCUUCUUUCGUCUUCACACGCCACGUACCCCAGCCCGCAAGAGUUUGUUGACGCUGGGCAGCAAGUUCCGCUACAGUGGGCGGACAGAGUUCCAGGCUGUGGAGGACUGCAAGCGGAAGGCAAGGGUGGAGCGAACCUUUGUCAGGUCGCCCUCCAAACGGUUCAGCCGGCAGACAGUGCCCACCCCGAGUGACCUGGGACGCAAGGCUCGUUCUGGGUCAGGGUCGUCACUACGGCCUCGCACUGACUCCUCGGGGUACAAGGUGACCUCCCUGCAGGGCACCAAGACUCCCAAGAUGGCCUGGGGCGACAGCGAGUCCACACAAGACGAGGCAGUGUUGGUUGAUGAUGGCGCUGACAGGGUGGCGGUGGGCGUGGCAGACGAGGGCGUGGGCGUGGUGCGGCCCCUCGCCCCUCCUCCAAUCCCUCCCUCCUCCGCCUCCUCUUCCUCCUCCGCCUCCUCCGCUGAGAGUGACGUUGGCGCCUCUCCCUCCCCCGAUCAUCAGCCUGGAGGGAGCGAGGAGAGCGCCCACGGCCUCGUCACCAUCAAGAUGAAGCCAGACGAAGGAGGCAAGUUUGGCUUCAACGUAAAGGGCGGUGCUGACCAGAACCUUCCCGUGCUGGUCUCCCGCGUGGCGCCCAACACUCCCGCUGACCGAUGCUACCCCAGGCUCAACGAGGGGGACCAGGUCCUACUCAUCAACGGGCGGGACGUGUCGGCGAUGACCCACGAGCAGGUGGUGAACUUUAUCAGGGCGUCCAGGGAAUGUCACUCCGGAGAGCUGGUCCUCACCGUCAAGCAGAACGUGUAUGUUCCUGAUGAUCUGGAGGAGCCCCCCUUCCAGUACAUCCCUGAGGUGCUGUCUGCCAGUGCCACCAUCAAGGGAGGAGUGCCACCCCUGCAGGAGUCACUGAUGCUGCUGGCGGAGGGGCUGGAGGCCGGCUCUCUUGUGGCUCAGUUUGAACAGCUGUACCGCCGCAAGCCGGGCCUUACCGUCACUGAGGCACGGCGGCAGGACAACGAGAAGAAGAACAGAUACAGGGACAUUUCUCCUUAUGACACAACUCGAGUCAUCCUCACCACCACUGCUUCGGGUGAUUACAUCAAUGCCUCAUAUGUGAACAUGGAGGUGCAGGGCUCAGGCAUCAUCAACCGGUACAUUGCCAGUCAGGGGCCGCUGGCAGGCACCUGUACUGACUUCUGGCACAUGGUUUGGGAGCAGCAGUCGACCCUCAUUGUGAUGCUGACGACUGUGGUGGAGCAGGGCAGAGUCAAGUGCCACCGCUAUUGGCCACGGCUUUACGAGACGGUCGACUUUGGCAUCCUCCAAGUGACCUGCAACAAGGAGGAAGAAACUCCUGGGUUUGCCUUCAGGGAAUUCACCCUCAUUAACACAGAGACCCAGGAGGAGCGCCACAUCACACACAUGCAGUAUCUAGCCUGGCCGGACCAUGGGGUGCCUGAUGACUCCACAGAGUUCCUCAAUUUUGUCACUCAAGUCAGAAAGGCGAGAGUUGGCAUGGUGGAGCCCACUAUAGUUCACUGCUCAGCCGGCAUUGGGCGGACAGGUGUUCUCAUCCUGAUGGAGACGGCGCAGUGUCUGAUUGAGGCCAAUGAACCGAUCUACCCCCUGGACAUUGUGAAGGCCAUGAGGGACCAGCGAGCCAUGAUGAUCCAGACAGCUAGUCAGUUCAGGUUCGUGUGUGAGGCGAUCCACCGAGUGUACACGGAGGAGCUAGUGAAGCCGCUGGCAGAGUAUCAGCAGAGAUGAGGGAUGGACAGCUGCUCUCUGCACUCGGAGACAGACUCACAGUGAUCAAGUGUAAAUAUUCUGUGAAGGAAUGCUGUAACUUAAUGCUGAGGUUGAGUCACUCCACUGAGACAUCUAUGAGAGAUCUUGUGGACUGACGAGGCUAAAGGAAGAGCCAGUCCUGUGUACAUAAAAGACUCCACAACCUAGACCGAGGGUUGACAGUGUUUGCAGAAAGAAGACAACGGCUUAGAGGAGAGACAGAAGCUGUUUUGCACCUAUGUAUUUGACAGUCUUUCUAUCUCCGUACGACUACUGCUUUUAUACUGAUAUUGGGCAUAUGCAGAGUGUCUGGACCAGCUGUUGUUCGAUGUAACUUGCUCAAGACCAAUUCUUCCUCCUCCUCCAAGUAGAAGAGUCAGGAGAGGAGUGAGAGAGAGGUAGGAGACAAAAGAGAAAAGCACUGCAGACUGCACAUCCUUGGGGGUAACUUAAAAUUGUGCUCCAGUCUUUGCACACAGUGUUAUGGAUGGUUAUGGCCUCCUCACCAAGAGAAGCCCCAUAGCCCAUGUCAAGGUGCUGGUGUAUCAGUUGUCAUUGAGUCAUGCAUCAGUGUCUGGUCCUCUGCUGCACCUCAUCUCCCUUGUCCCUCCUCACCACACAGGCCUGACCACGAAAAAAAAAAAAAAUGGUAACAAUGAUAAUAAGAGAAAAAAUAACAUUCAGAGCAUCUAACAAGUUCUGAUUUGUUGAAAAUAUUGUGAACAAGACAUGUAUGUGAUGACACCACACUACCAGAGCGUGCACACUGCCAGGCCUGCUGCAUUGCCCUGCGGCACUCACAAGGCUCCCUGUGGCGGCACUCACCACUCACCACUCUUACAUGUCACACCUAUUUAUAUGCAAGUAUCAUGGAGCACAGUGGUAUACACACACACACACACACACAAACAAAACAUUACUUGAGCCACCACCACCACCAUCACCACUACCACCAGUACAGUGCCUGCCUCAAUGAGAGUGGUGGUGCCUGGUGCCGGUAACUGUGCCACACACUUAUGUACAAGAGUCAGUCAGUCAGUCUGUUGAUGCCUGUUCCCACUCUCUCCUGCACCCUGCCCUUCCCACGCCCCACAUGUGCCUUCCUCUUGUUGCGAGAGCCCAACAGAAGCAAGUGACAAUCUCACAAGGUGAUGCACACAGUCACCAGGACGCCAGAGGAUAUUCACACGCUGCACACAAGACCUGGAGACUGUCGGCCAUGCAGUGCUACAGUGGAGCUAAACUUUCCUCCACAUGGCAAGGAGACAAAAGUAUCCAGUCUGGUGAAUGUCUGGGCUUGAAUCAGAGUUGUUGAAGAAGUCGAGAGGGACUGGAAGGCCGAGGGUUAGUGAUGGCCCGGGUGAAGUGUCCCGCACGCCGAGAAUGUCCCCACCAGGGUGUGAAGGGUCUGAGUGGGAACUGAGACCCUUCCAAAAGGCUAAGUAACUUGGGUGCUGUGUGCCCCCCAUACCUCUCAGGGUAUCAUAAACACACUUAUUUAGACAUCACAUUACUGCCUUUGGUCUUUAUAUAUACAUAUAUAUACUAUAUAUAAUAUAAUAUAAUACAGUACAUGAUUAUAAAACAUGCAUUUCUUUCAGUAUCGUGAAAACUCUUGAUAUUUUUACAGCCGUGCAAAACAGUCAGUAAGAUGUCAUGGAUUUCUUUGUAACGAUGCUCAGCAGUGUAUCUGCGUCACUUUCAUAUUGGAAGACACGAGAUAUUUCCUCCCUCGGGUAGAGACGUGUUACUUUAACUUGGCUGCCCCGCAGCGACUCCCGUGUGAGCCGCCGGGCAGCGGAGGCGCUCCACAUGACACUGGCGGAUCAACUGAAUCUCACUUGUAGCAAAUUUUCUAAGAUGGAAGAGUGUAGGUGUAGGACAUAUCCUGUUCCCGAGAGAGAGAGAGAGAGAGAGAGAGAGAGAGAGAGAGAGAGAGAGAGAGAGAGAGAGAGAGAGAGAGAGAGAACAGGAAUGUAUGUAUGUAUGUCAGUCUGCCAAAGAAAUGUUGGGGUCUGACCAGUGUUAGCAUUUUUUUAUUUACACUAAUUUACAGAUAAAAUGCAAUUUAUAAAUAACUGUAACAGUGAUUAACUAAUAAGUUAUUAUCAUUAUUACUGUUUUAGAUCAAAAAAUUAUGCUAUAUUGCUUUUGUUUGCUAAAUUUUUAUUUUUUCUCUGAUUUCCUCAAACUUCAAACAUGUUUCCCUUUCUGGAUCAGAUCUCAACACAAUACUGUGAUUUAUAAUGUGCAUGAAAACUCCUUUGAUGAUUGGUGAAUGUAUUUAGAGUCAGAAGAUGCAGAAUUACCAUAUGAACUCAAGUCACUCUUUGCAUGUUUAGAUCAGAAGAAGUAGGCAUAACUAUUUUUCAUGUAUACAACACUUGUUUUGGGGAGAGGACAAGAGGAACCUCUUGAUAUCAUGCACUUGAACUGAUGGAUGAUGUAUAAGAGUAAGACAGAGGCUGUGCAUUUCAGUAUAUAUCCAUCACUCUCAGUCGAAGAAAUUAAAUAAUGUGAGGGCCUUCUAAGCUGCAUAUUGCCUGUUAUAAGUUUAAUCUGGAGAGCUGAUGUAGUCUGGUCACAAGUAUGUACCACAGUAUCGCCACCCACAUGUUUGCCUAGCCAUCACUGCACCACCAAGUACAGCUGGUUGCCUGCCUGUCACAUGAGUACUGGGAUGUGUUACUCAGUCCUGCUCCAAUCACAGGAGGGCAGCUGUAAUGUGUGUGUGUGUGUUGAGUGAGUGCCUGGCUCAUGGGUGGCUGCUGUGUUAUGUGUAGGAAAUGAGUUAUGUGUAAGUUAUGAUUCCCUCUGUUUGUCAUAUCUUUAAGUCUUGAUGAUGCAUACAAAUGUGACAGGGAAUGUGUGUUUUAUUUGACAAAUGAGCAAUAAAGAAAACUGGUUUGUA